UUAAAAAGAAGAUUAGAUUUCAUAUCAUCUUUACUUUGAGCACCGACUGCAGACAAUGAAUUUAUCAAUGGGAAUCUUUGUUGUUCUUUUUGCUCAUGCAGCCUCUGCUGCUCCAUCAACAAUGGCACAAAAUGUCACCAGCCAACCUGUGGCAGAAAUGUUUGGAGACCUUAAUGGGACCCAGAGUGACAGACUGUGGAGACCGAGCUACUAUCACUACAGCUCUGCAAGAAAUCUUGACCUGAAGUCUCGGCUCAUCAUCAGUGCAGUUUCACUGGGAGUCGCAGUUAUCAUCUUCCUCAUUGGCUGUGCAGGUCCGCGCUGCUGCAGCAAAUCCUCUCCUGCCGACCCUAAAGCCACUUCAGAUUUAAACAAUAAAUCCUGAUGUAAUGUGAUAUGUGCUAAGAUUAUCUACUGAGUUUAACAAUAAAUUACUCAGCUUUUCCUCUAGUAAAAAGGUUAGACUGUCUCCAUUUAAUUUGCUCAAUAUUUUACAAAAUAUAAUGUUUAAGUUUGGCUUGGUUGGAACUAUGUGGCGGCUGAUUUAUCAAAACAUAAACAGAAAAACUAAAUAAACUGUUACCACUUUUUGGGGUCAAAGUUGGAAAAAAUGUUCCAAAUUUACAAGUAGAGCUUUGCUGUCACUCAGGUUAAUGUGUUUUUGAAUACAAUCAUGUUAAAUUUAUAUUGUACCAACAAAAAAUAUAUUGUACAAGCAUGACAAUUAUAUUGCAUAAGCUUAUUUUAAUGGCUUUAUGAUAUUUUAAUCAAUAACAUUGUGCUGAUUUGUGAUUUUAUCAGAGCAAAAAAGAAAAACUGAGAAAAAAGAAUUACAAUAAAAAAUGUAGCAAGCUGGAAAAAAAUUGUGGGCUGGAUUAAACCUUAUCUGCCUCUAUCUCUGUCCUCAACUGCCAAUUGCAACAACCAAGCCCUGAUAGAAAGUGAAAGGAGAAGAUACGGUUAUCUGGUGUCAACGUUAAGACAGAUCCUGUCGGUUGACACCAAGUUAAAGAAUCACAAUCUCUAGAUACCAUCAGAGGAUCUGAAAACAUUCCAGGGUUUUCUGGGUAAUUUAAACCUGACAAGAGAGCAAAAACAGAAAGCAACCUUCAUUCCUUUCACCGCAAUGGAAACUUCAGUGGGAAUCUUUGUUGCUCUUCUUGCUCUUGCAGCCUCUACAGGUAAGUCUUUUAUGAUUCUAAAACAGUUUAGUUUAAACAUAAUAGUUUAACUUUUGCUUAUGUCAAUAUGAUGAAAGUUCAGACCAAGAAUAACAGACUGUCAACAACAACUGACUGAAAUGGCGUUGCAGUUUUAGUUUCCAGAUGAUGCAGAGGACGGCACCAUGAUUACGUUUCAGGGGAGAAACAAGUUUUAGAGACUUUUAACAAUAAUUGUAGCAGAAAAAGAGCAGUUAGUGACACAUUUAAAACUGUAUGAUGGGAAAACUCAAACAGAGGAAGUGAGCCGAGCCACCCAACAAGCUGAGCAAGAGGAACGGUUCCUGUCUGAAUCCCAGGAACCCAGAACUCUGUUUGCUGCUUCUGCACAUCCUGUCUGCAUUUCCCAUCACCAUCAUCAUAGAUAACAAACUAUUACCAAAAUAUUUUUCAGUAUUGUGUUACAAAAGAAACAUUUCCAUACUAACAGCUUCCUUCUCUUCAUUAUGCUAAGCUAAAGUCUGACUUUAAGGUCAUUUCCUCAGCCCUGCAUGUAUAAAGAUCAUGUUUUUCUGCUCCAGUUCAAUCUGCACCAGCUCAAGGAUAUUCCAGUCAAUAUUAUGAAGAUGCACAAAGACAAACAAAUCAAACGCAGACAAACACCAAACUGGCUUCUCAUAACACCACAACAGGAGCAAAUAUUUCACGUGGGCAAAUGAUCGGCAUCAUUGUCGGCGUCGUUGUUGUUGCACUUAUAGUCACCGUUCCUUGUGCUGUUAUGGCAGGUCUCAGUCAUUCUUGGGCAACAUUUUUUGAGUGUUAUUGUGAAUGUUGUCAGUUAUGCUGCGGUAUAGUACUUGCUGUAGCUGAGUGCGCUGAUGAUGCAUCGCUUUGAGUUUCUCUGGGGCUUUUCUGCAGAAACUCAGCACCUCCAGGGAGCCGCGCUGCUGCACUCAGACACAUUUAAAACUUAUGGAGUAUUUUAAUUGCACCACUGCAUUAUGGGCUGCAGACAUUGUUUUGUUUUAAGUGUUUUCAGCUUUUACAUUAAUGUCAGAGUUAAACAGAGACUCUAUGCGAUGAUUAAUUAAGUGGUUUUGUAUUUUAAGAUUUGUCUUGCAAGUUUGGAUUUCUUGAUAUUUUAAUCGUUAUUUUUGUUUUGUUUCUUUAGUUGGCAAUUGAACAUCCAUCAAACUCUAGUGGUUUAUUUGUUUGUUAGGUCAGUUGGGCUGUUAAAUAUUCAUCACUGCAUCAGAUGAAAACAGAAUUGUAAUCUUUGAUAGAUCUAUUUAGCUGGAACAAUGAUGUUGAAUGAUAUUCAGUGGUCAAAUAAAUGUAUGACUUAAAAAUAUUUCACUUAUAUAAGAGUAGAAUGUUUGCUUUGUUUCUUUUUAAUUCUUGUAAAUAUUUGACAUCUUGUAACUGUUCAAAAUGAAGGGUAUUUCUUCACUAAUUUGUUUAAUAUUUAUACUAUCAUUUAUACAUUCCUAUAGAAAAUAUAAUUUUAAUCCCAACCUCUUUAUCUCAAUAAAUUAUUUUGAAAAAAUAAAAUAUGACAGAUGCAUCAAAAUUCAUAAACCUUUUCUGUGACAUGUUUCCAUAUUCAGGAUGGAAACAUGUUAACACAGUAUAUCAGUUCAUCCAGACAAAUUGACCUUAUUUUCAAAACAAAGUCUGUAAAAGGUGACUGGUUGAGCUCCAGCUAUUGGAGCUCAGAUGUCAUGUGACACUCAGAUGCAGAAACAAGCAGAAAACAAACAAUUGUGAUCUUUUAGUUGUUUGCAGUCCAUCCAGGAGAUGCAUACAAGUCACAUAUAUUUGGAAACGUGAAUGACGACGCAAAUAAAAAAAAAAAAGAAAACUGACCUAACAAAAAGUAAGAAUUAAGCAGAAAGGCCUGCAGCUUUGGUGAGAUGAUUGGAACACGCUGCAGCCUAGUGGUCAUGUUAGUGAAAAUGACAACAUCUCACAUUUAAUGGUCACAUCACAUUUAUAACGCAGACUUCAGUUUCGACAUGGUUCUGUUAAGUAGCAAAAAAGUCCAUCAGAGCAGGUUGACUUAAUUCAAAUUUAAUUUUUAGACGUAUUUAACGUCCUGUGGUCUGUGGGGCCACGUUUGCACAUCGUCUAAACACUGAAACAGGAAGUGGUUGCAGUGAAAACAGUCAGUGCUCAGACCUCCGUUCAGUCAAUAUGGAGAUCACAACACUGUGCGCUGUUUUUGGUAAGUUAAACAGUUUAAAAAUCUGGUUGCAUGUUUGUUGGUGAAGGUUUUUCCUCACUGCAUCUCCAUGCAGCUCUUCAUUCACUGGCUGCUUCCCUCUGCAGCUUCGUUCCAGGUCCUUCCCGACAGAUCGCAGUUCUUCCAGUAUGAAUCUGUCGCCUUCAGCCUGAACUGCGACCAGCAGGAAGACGCAGCUGUCUGGACAAUAAAAAGGAACACAUCCAAGCAAAUCAGUUCACUUUGUCCUUCAUAUACGACUGACAGGAACGAAUCUACUUGCUUCCUAAGUGAGCUUUAUGAAGUGGAUUCUGGAGUUUACUGGUGUGAAUCUGAGGCUGGGAAGAUCAGCAACACCAUCAGCAUCACCGUCACUGGCGGCGAGUUGAUCCUGGAGAUCCCAGCUCUCCCAGUGAUGGAAGGAGACGAAGUGGUUCUGCGAUGCAGAACGAGGGAAAAAUUAUCUGGAAAUAAUUCAUCUACCUUUUAUAAAGACGAGCUUUUCAUUGGGAGCAGCGUGAGAGGAAGCAUAACUCUACAGAGGGUUUCUAAAUACGACGAAGGAAACUACAGGUGCCACAUGUCUGGAGUUGGAGAAUCACCAGACAGUUUUCUGACUGUCAGAGCAGGAUUUCCUGAAUCGCCGCCUUCUCUGCAUGGAGACAUCGUACUUCCUGUGAUGGUCACUGGAGUUUCACUCUUUCUACUGAUGUUUCUCUGUCUAUGGAGAAACCAUCCAGACAGUUAUGACUCUUCCACUGUGUUGUACACUGGAGGAAUCAACAGACGAACGCAAAGAGCAAAAGUUUCAGAUGAUCUCCAGAGGGGGCGCUGCUCUGAGACGUCCACUGUGGUCGUGUACAGACCCGUCCCCAGACCCGUCCCCAGACCCGCCUUCGCUUCUGCAGGAGUUCGGACUUAUAAAGCCUACAGAGAGUUCAGGACCAAACAGCAAAUAUUUCCAUCUCUACAGAAUAAAAGUGUGGCCCUCUCACCUGCCAACGACUAUAAUUAAUACAAAAGACUGAACAGA